CUAGAAAUUACCUAAUACCUCGAUAGUGAUGACAUCAAAAAAAAAUGUAAUUAUGUGAGAAAAUAUCCAUCUAAAAAAAAAAAAAAUAUUAUCCACUUAUCCAAUAACACCAUAAAUCUGUUGUUCCCCCAAUCAUGCCCAAUUCAGUAUAAUAUAUAUAUUUAUUUUUUUUCAGUACAUCAUCUCCAUUAUUUAGUUUUUUUUGCACUAAAGUUUAAAGCAAUUUUGGUAAUAGCAUCACUUUGGGCCGCUGUAGCUAUCAUAGGAAAAAUUAUUGCCGCCUUCAAGGUUGCCGAAUACAUGAAAAAAGACAAUCAUCCAGUGGCAUACUCUACCCCGCCACAUGAUUAUCAUCACUACUUAGAUAAAAGUUUUGAAUCAUCACCCUAUUUUGCUUCACCCAUGAGAGGAAUAUUUAAACAAUCAUCUAAUAAGAUAUACGAUUCACCCUCAUCUAGCAAUUAUAAUUAUAUGGACUCAUAUAAGACACUGCCAGUGGGUACAGGAAGAAGUCAUUUGUCAACCAAUAAUACGCCUUUGGAAAAUUUAAAGUUCUUUUUUAAAGCAAUCAAAAGAAUGAAUCUUACAGAAGUAGUUUUCAAAGAAAUGAAACUAGAAACUUCUGCUUGUAAAAGAAAAUUUGUUUGUGAAGCUGAUUUCAACAUUAAGCAAAGUACCAUGUUAAAAACAAUCUUUAACGUAUUUAUGUAA